AAAAGAGAAACACAAAACAUCACAUCAAACGCAAUUGCAUUCCAUUUCUUGUCUGUAGGCCUGAAACACUGUAUCUAUAAGAAAUAAGCAACUCUACUCACAGUGUGUGAUGUUUCGGGAGUCGAUGGUAUUUACCGGAACCGUUAAAGACGGGGAAGAUUGAGUACAUGAGACGCCCACACCUCCGGUCACUUGACCUGUUAAUCUGUUUUCCACUAACAAAGAGGCAUUGUGGAAAACUGGGGGGGUUUGUUAAUCUGAGCAAAUCUUUCAAAACUCACACAUGCACAAACACUCAUGCACAUUCUUGAUGAAAAGAGGCAUCAAGUAUUAAUUGCAAUUAUGUAAAUAUUAUGUAGAUAUACAGGAAAUAAAUAAUCAACAUUUCUUAAUUAUUCAUGAGGAGUUUAGGCUCCUAUAACAACUUGCUGAUCACAGAGGCCCUCAGCAGGGUGUUUAGUACACUAUGCAGGGCCCUCUAGUGGAAGAAAUGCAUCUCUGCGUGUGGCCCCGUUUCAUUUCAUUAACCCGUGCCUGACCACAAGCGCUGGAACUCCGUUCAGGGUUGGAACGAAGGUGCAAGUCACCCAAUGUGAAGAGCUGCAACCGUUUAGAUGCUCAAAACAUGCAAAUCGUAUCUGUGUGUGUAUUUCACGAGAACGGGGUUUUUGAAAGUGCUCUUGCAUAAAGAGUCUGUGGAGAAAGAGCUGCACUAGGUCACUGGGGCUGGCUGUAAGAAAUGCAGCUGAAGUGAAUGCAUUCACAGCGAUUAUGUGUUUAAGAGAGAGAGGUGGUGGACUGGGAAAAUACUUUAAGUGAUGGACACUUUUGAAGGAAUCCAUCGUGUGCAGCUCUCCUCCUCUCCUCCAGCACGCUCCAGGUCUGUUCCAGGGUACGAGGUGCUGGUGGCAGGGAAUUCUGGGAUAGCAGUAUACUCAUCACCUGUGUUCUUUGGCAAAGGUGAUUUUACGGAUCAGCAUACAGCAGAGAAAGAGAGAUGCCCGGUCGGGAGGUUGGUAGACCUGGAGCCAGAUCCGAGGCCCACAUUGGGAGGUGAUGGGAGGCAGAGGGAGAAGAUGCCCCCGGAGGAGGAGGAGGAGGAGGAGGAGGAGGCAGGAGCACAUAGACAAGAGACGUACAACAUGUCCCGUCUGCGGAGCUCCUCUCUGGAGAUCAAGGAGAAGGGAACAGAAUUCCUCAGAGAGCAGCUGGAUGCUGCGCAAAAGGAGCUGAAGUUGAGAGACGAGGAGUGUGUCAGACUGUCUCAUGUCAGGAAUCAGCUGGAGCAGGAACUGGAGGAACUGACGGCCAGUCUCUUUGAGGAGGCCCAUAAGAUGGUGCGAGAGGCCAACGUGAAACAAGCGGCAGCUGAGAAGCAGCUGAAGGAGGCCCAGGGCAAGAUUGAUGUCCUGCAGGCGGAGGUCUCCGCUCUGAAGACCCUGGUGCUGACCUCGACGCCCUCCUCCCCGAACCGCCAGCUCCAUCCUCAGCUGCUGUCGCCGGGCCCCAGUCGGGCCUCGUCUCGUCUCAGGGGCCACACGCGCAACAAGAGCGCCAGCGGUGCUCUACAGCUGCCAGCAGAGCCCACGCCGACAGAUGUAGCGACAAACCGGGAGGAUAAAGAGCUGGACUCGGUGUUGUUUGCCGAGUUCCUCUCGUGGAAGGAGACACCCAGUCUGGACCGUUCUUUAGCGCUCAUCAGCAGGGUGUACAGAGAAGAUAUCGGGCCCUGUCUUUCAUUCACCUGCUCUGAGUUGUCUCAGUCCGUCCAGUGCGCAGUGGAGAAUAACUCUCUCACCAUCGAGCCCGUCGCCAUGUCGUCUCUGCACACGGUCAAAGCCAUCCAAUGCGGAGGCCCCAACGGUUGCCGGACACCCAUAGAAACUAAAUGUGCAUUGAGCGGCAUGUCCCGCCCCUGCCGACAUCGCAUCAAACUGGGAGAUAAAGAGAAUUACUACUAUGUAUCUCCAUCUAGCAGAGCACGAAUCACAGCCGUGUGUAAUUUCUUCACUUACAUCAGGUACAUCCAGCAGGGCCUCGUCAGACAGGACGUUCAGCAGAUGUUUUGGGAAGUGAUGCGUCUGCGGAGAGAGAUGAGUGUGGCCAAACUGGGAUAUUUCCCGACGGAGGAGAGCUAGAGGACCAGCCUACAAACACAAAUACAGCACGGUCAUCUCAACUUUCCCUCAAACACUCCCAUGCUGGAGUUUAAUAGCUCCAUAUUC